UUUAUUUUCCAAUUGACUCACCAAGUAACAUGAACAAAUUGUUGGCUGCAUUGACUCUUAUUUCGUUCACUGUCCCUCAUGUGAAGACAAGACAUCGCUGGACUGCGUUAACACCAGAGGAAACGUCGUUCGUGUAUACGCGCUGUCAGGAAGAUCAUUUGCCUGCAGAUGCCUCGAGAAAGCAGUACAUUGAAAACUGGCAUCAAUGGAAGCUACAGCCUAAUGAUCACGCCACUCAAUGCUACACUAAGUGCGUCCUAGAAGGAUUAGAGCUAUACGAUUCAAACAAGAAGAAAUUCAGGCCAGGCAGAGUGUCAUCUCAGCACGUCGCCUAUCAGUUCCUUAAUGGUGCCACAGCGGAUGAAGUGGCAAAGUACAAAACAGCAAUCGACUCGCUCGAACCUGCCAGUGAUAGCUGUGCAGAUUUGUACCAAGCCUAUUUACCCGUGCAUGAGGCGUUCGUAGAUGUAUCCCGUAAGUUGUAUCAUGGCACAGUUGAAGGUGUCGCGAGAAUAUACAACUCGGAUCCCAAUCUAAAACGGAAGAACGAAUCAUUGUUCGUUUUCUGCGAGAAGCAUAUCUACGGCAGUCAAAAUCGGGAGGAUAUGUGCCGUGCUCGCCGCUACGAACUAACCGGUAGUGAUGAGCUGCGCAACAUGAUCGAAUGUAUUUUCCGUGGCUUACGUUACAUCAAACAUGGUGAUAUUAAUAUCGACGAAAUUGUUCGUGACUUUGAACUAAUCAACCGAGGUGAUCUGGAGCCACGCGUACGAUCAAUUCUUUCGGAUUGUCGGGGCAUACAGCCCUACGAUUAUUAUUCCUGUUUGGUUAACAGCGAUAUUAGCAAGGAAUUUAUGCUGGCGUUCGAUUUCCGUGACGUACGGUCGGCUGAUUAUGCAUUUUUAGUUAAGGGGAAUAGCUACGAUCCCCAAAAAGUAAAAGCUGAGAUGGACAAAGCGGAGAAAGAUGUUUGCGGAUUCAACAGACGCUUUACACCGAGGCUCAGUAUUGGCUGCAAUUCCACACGGUGCAGUUCGUUCCUACACACCAAGUGCACACACAGCGUAAUGCAGUUCACGUUACUUCUCAUACCGCCUUUGCUUUUGUUGCUGAUAAGAACGGGUUCCGGUGAUCAUCGGGGCAAGUUCAAAUCAGCUGGUGACCACCUAUCACCAGACGAUACACUGUUUGUUCAUUUGCGAUGCUUCGAGCUGUUUGCUGCUGCGAGUAGCGAACAGAGCAGUGACCGUGAACGUGAUGCAUCCGAUUGGUUGUUGGCCAACAACAGCAGCUACGUGCGAAAAACGGACCGAUCUCCCGGCUUCCUUAAAUGUGUUCUCACAAAGCUGCAGCUUUACGAUGAACAUCAGCAAAUGUUCAAAACACGAAUAUUGACAGAUCAGCAUCAAGCGUAUGGUAGCUGGAUGAAUUUGAGUCAGGAGUCCGUGCAUGCAUUCAGCGAUGAUUUAGAUCGUGCUGUUGUACAUACAUCUGCCUCUGACGAUCUGUUCGCAGCAUUUGAAACUGUUUUCCACAGGCACACAAACACGUUUUUUAGGUUGUUUUUACGCGAUCCUAUUGUUCUGGAUAGUUGGUAUCGUCAAAAGGGUUCGAAUGAACGACACCUCAACGAAACGGUAGUUGAUUUCUGUGAGCAUCAAAUGAGCGAAGAGCUAAGAAACGACAUCUGCCUCAUACGAAGCUAUCAGAUUAGCAAUCGAAGCACAGAAAUGGAGAGGCACAUCGAUUGCAUUUUCAGAGGCUUUCAUUAUCUCACCAAAUCGGGUUUGAUCGAUGUAUCGGAAAUAUUACGCGACAUUCAACUUGUCUCCUCGCUAAAUGAUACAAUAACAUCUCAUGUUCGGGAAUGCUCUGACAACUUUACCAGCAACGAUGUUCCGGUAAUUAAACGGAGUCUACGAAUGUACACCUGCUUGCUUGACGGUGUAUUCAAUGAUGUAUUUAAGGAAGCAUUCGAUUAUCGGGAGAUUCGUUCUGGUAGCAUAUCGCAAAUUCUGCAUGACUUACCCUACAAUCGAGAACAAGUCAAAUUGCAAAUUUUUGCUCUAGACAAAGCCCGAUGUGAUUAUCAGCAGACUCAAUCAGGUCGUCACAACAGGACGUAAACAAUUAUCGACAGAUUUUUUAUUAGAAAACUGUUAUUAUUAAUCGUAAACACCCUGAAUCAUCUAUUCGAUAACCCCUAGUACUGAUCUGUAGCACGUACAUGGACUGAUACAGGUGUGCACGCUGGUAAUAAAUAUGGUCAAUG